AUGUUUCGUCGCCGGUCAAUAAUAAUCAAGUCGAAUGGCUGUAAAUCACAUAAGCGAUCCAAGCUGAGCUUACAGAAAGUAGAACGUAAGAUGCUUUCGCACCAAUUAAUCAGCCCCCGCCUGCAAUGCGCAGCUAUCCAUACCCCCCCCCCAAUACUCAAAAAAUUGCAGCAGCUACAACCACUGUACGAUGAGUACGCGGUUAUAACAGCUGACAGUGAUGAUGAUGAUGAUGAUGAUGAUGAUGACGAUGAUGAUGAUGAUGAUGAUGAUGAUGAUGAUGAUGAACAUUAUGAAUGCGAGUCUAAGCUGAAUUUGGUUGAGCCUUCCGGUAAGAAGAAGAUACUUUACAAAUCAAUCUACGUCGCAAACGUCACUGGAUUUUCGGUUUACUACCGCAUGUCCUUAAACAGCAUUUCGUGUCGUUUCAGGUCGGAUGACCUGAAGCAAUGGUCAAUAACUGCUUCUCAUGUUCAACAGCUUUGUUACGUUUACUUUCAAAUGUUUCUCAUCAUCGAUUCGAGUAGGACGGACAAAAAUAGUGUGACAUCGGAAUAUCAUUUUUCAACUCCAAUCAUUGCGAAUGUCUGGUGGGGUGUCAAAAAUCUCACUCAUACUUCCGCUAUCGACUUUAUUAAUAAUUAUCACGUGAGCAUGGAUAGAUCGGAAAUGAAACGUCGGAUUAACACUGUGAGGCUGUACAAUUUGAACUAUGGCUCCGAAAACCAUUUUGUGCAGCCAGUGGACUUGUCAGGAAUGGGGAUGUUCGGUUCAAAGCUGUCCAUUUGA